AUGGCUUGGUUGUUCUUCAGGCAGUUCUCCAUCCUCGUGUGGAAGAAUUGGAUAGUCCUCUUCAAGCAUCCAUGGCUGAACCUUCUACGGUGUCUGAUCAUCCCUGUCGCAUAUGGUGUCUUCCUGGCGGUCGCCCAGGUGUUCUUUGUGAAACCCAAUAAUUAUGGGUUGGGCUCAAUAGCAUCCGUGUAUAACCUGACAAACGUCUACGAUGGAUCGAUGGCUCUCGUGUGGGCAGACGGCAUGAAUGGUACAGGAACCCCCACCGCGGACGACAUUAUGGCUCUCGUCACACGAGGUUUUUCCUCGGAGCAGCUCGGCGGAGUCAGGAAACUCGCUUCGCCGAGUGACCUCGCGGCAGCGUGUCCGGAGAACUUCAACCUGUUUUCCCUGUGCUUUGCCGGCAUCUCGUUCAACUCACUGCCCUUCGCUGGCGGAGGUGCGGCGGAGGCGCAGGCGAUUAAUUACACACUGCGAGCGGACGGCGGACUGUACUACAUUAACGUGGUAAAACAUACGAGCAGCUACGAGGAGAGGGUGAUGCCGUUGCAGUGGGCAGUGGAUAGCGCUAUCAUCGAGCUCACGACUGGAACACAACCACUGACGCCACUCGAGCUGCCGUUCACCCAGCUGACGAACUCGGAACAAAGUACAAAGAUCCGCUUGAGUUUUAUUCGAGGAUUGCGGGAGUUGCUCGUGCUUGCUCUUUUCGUGUGUUACAUCGGCAUCGCGUACCAGCUCCCGGGCUCGUUCAUGGGCGAGCGCGCAAAUCUGCUAACGAGCCAUUUGAAAGCGAUGGGCCUGUUCGACUCGGCGCGCAUCAUCUCAUGGCACGUCAGCAUCUCGCUCGCGUACCUCCCGGCAUGGGUGAUCGUCGCGCUCAUCUGGCACUACCGGAUCUUCACGGGCACGAACGCGGGCCUGGUAGUGGUGAUCCACCUGCUGCUCGGGUGGUCGCUCGCGAGCUGGUCGUUCUUUGUCGGGAUGCCGUUCGGGAAGAGCCCGCAGCUGGCGGCGGUGGGGUCGACGUUUCUCGCGGUCGUGCUUGCGAUCAUCGCGCUGGUGAUCAAGCAUUCGAGCACAGGCGCGGCUUUCGUCUUCACGCUCGUAUUCCCACCCGCGUACUACGUGUUCAUCAUCGUCGCCGUGACUGGAUGGGAGAACCACCAGAUCCCGACGAAUAUCCUUCAUCCCGAUCCUGACAGCAAUCUGACUAUCCUUCCGUUUCUGGUCGUCGCUAUCAUCAACAUCUUUCUCUGGCCAUGGCUGGCUGUGCUUCUCGAACGUCGCCUUUACGAUGCACACAACCCGAAGUCGUCGUCUGGCUGGUUAUGCUUCCGCCGCCGCAAGCGCGCGUUCGCAGAGGAGGACGCUCAUACUAUAGCUCCGGACAUGGCCAUUUCAAUCCGCAAUCUUGGCAAGGACUUCGACACGUCGAAAUGGUUCUGGGGAAAAGGGCGCGUCACAGCUGUGGCCGACCUCAGUCUUGAUAUCCCGAAGUACGGAAUCUAUGUCCUCCUUGGAUCUAACGGUGCAGGCAAGUCCACUACAAUGUCCAUCCUCGGUGGGCUGCUCGGUCGGACACGUGGCUCGGUGAUGUUCGAAGGUAACGUCGAGCAGCCGCCGCCAGGCACGAUAGGGAUCGUCCCGCAGAAGAACGUGCUGUUCCCCGAGCUCUCGUGCUAUCAGACGCUGCGCGUGUGGAAGGCGGUGAAGGCGCGGACCGUGCCUGUGGAGGACGAGGACAUCGAGCAGCUACUGCGUGACUGUGAUCUCGGCAAGAAGAUUCACUACAACGCAGAGGCGCUGAGUGGUGGCCAGAAGCGCAAGUUGCAGUUGGCCAUUGGACUCAUUGGCGGCUCGAAGAUCGUUUUGGUUGACGAGUGCACGUCGGGCGUCGAUCCUUUAUCGCGCCGUGCUCUGUGGAGAACGUUGACCUCUGUACGUAACGAGAGGACAGUUAUAUUCACUACACAUUUUCUCGACGAAGCCGACCUUUUGGCGGACACGAUUGCGGUUCUCGCUACUCCAGGGAAGCUGGUUGCACAAGGCACUCCGGUGGCGCUCAAGUCCAGGAUUGGUGAAGGAUACAGCGUCCAAGUGUCGUUUGACAAGAAUAAGCUAGAGCACUCGGAAAAAGCUGCUGCUGCUCCGACCCAACGGGUCCUGGAACGCAUCCGUCUGCUGGCGCCGCUCACGUAUGUUACGCUCAUUGGACCGAGCGACGUGUCAUACCACCUGAAGUCGAAGGAUAGCGGCGACGUGCAGAAGGUGCUAGAGUUCAUCGAGGCAGAGCGUGACUCAUUCCAUAUUGCUACGUACUCGGUGCAGAGCACGUCCAUCGAGGACAUUUUCCUAGGGCUUAUGCAUGCGGAUACCGACGAGGAGGGUAGUAGAGACAAAGACAAGGAAAAGGAAGGGAGCAUCGACUCCGCGCCAUCGCUAUUUCUGCCUCCUGCUCUACCCACCCUGGAAUUGACGAGCGGCAGAAGUAAGUCGCCGCUCAAGCAGGCGUUUACGAUUUUCUACAAGCGUUGUCUCGUCGUGCGGCGCGCCUGGUUGACGCCGUUCCUUGCCGUCCUCAUUGCAGUGGGCGGCUCGUGCAUUCCACUCUUCUUCCUUGCAGGUGCUAACCAGAGCUGCACGAAGACGUUCGAUUCCAUAUAUAAUACUCCGUUGUACCUCCCCGAAUCACCGGUAGCGCUGACCUUCCUUGACCCCACGGAACUUGGUUCUCAGGUCCUGACAUCGCCUCCGGGCAUACUCGACACCCUUGGUCUAGCGAUGGCUCAGGUCCCGGUGCAGAAUAUUGCUAACAACGUCACGUUCUUGGAAACAAUCGACCAGAACUACCAGAAUCUGUCUCUUGGAGGUGUUUCAGCGGACCUGCAAAACGAUUCCGUGCUGUUCGCGUGGGAGGCGACACCGCCUGGUGAGAUGGGGCUUGUGAUGUUGAAUCUAGCAUCGAACCUACUGUAUAACAACGCGCUGAAUGCGACAGGCAAGAACGUCGGUGUCCCCAGCGUCAUUGGCGCGAACUUCGAAAUUUUCCCAGGGAUUGCGCAGGGAACCCUGAGUUCACUCCGAUGGGUCGCGUUCUUUGGUGCUGCUAUGUCUGUGUAUCCCGCGUUCUUUACGCUGUAUGUAUCAAAUGAGCGCCGUUCAUCUGUCCAGGCCAUGCAACUCUCCAAUGGCUUGUCGAAUCCCGUGGGCCUGUGGCUAGGGCACCUCAUGUUUGAUACAUUAUUUUCUGUGAUUAUUGCUACCAUCGUUGUCAUUGUGUUUGCUGCAGCCUCCAAUCAGUUGUACGGCCUCGGCUUUUUCUGGGUUAUAUUGGUGUUGUACGGGAUCGUUGGAGCUCUGUUUUCAUACUGCGUAUCGCUGGGCGUUACCUCGCCACUAGCCGCAUUUGCGGUAUCAGCUGGAUACCAGGUCAUUAUGUUUAUCUUAUACGUUGCUGCAUACCUUCUCACAUUCACUUAUGCAAAAACAUCGGAUGCCAACAGAGAAUUGACAAUUAUUCACUAUACUAUGUCAGUCUUGGCCCCCGUGAACAGCGUCCUCCGCGCUUCCUUUGUUUCUGUCAAUCUAUUCUCUCUCCUUUGUAACGGGGACUCGCCAGUUACGGCGUCCUCCAUGGGCGUGAUCGGGCGAUACGGCGGACCGAUCCUUUAUAUGUUUAUUUAUGCAUUCAUUCUUUUUGGUAUCCUUGUUUGGGUUGACUCCGGAUCGCUCUUGCCUCGGAAAACUUCCCCAAAGAAACUCGCGGCGCGUACUCCCGGUGGUGCAGUGGCACCCGGAAGACACAAGGACGUGGAUGACGAAGCAGCGGCGGUGGCUAGCUCGGAUGACGUACUUCGUGUGCUCAACGUUGUCAAGGCAUACGGCAAGUCCUCGAAUAGGGUAGUGAACGACGUCAGCCUAGGGGUUUCCACCGACACUAUUUUCGCCCUCCUGGGGCCCAAUGGCGCCGGAAAAACAACUGUUUUCAAUGUAAUUCGUGGCGAUGUGAUCCCAGACCACGGAGACGUCCUCAUCAACGGAAUUUCUGUCAUCAGCCACCCGCGCAGGGCUCGUCUAUCGCUUGGUGUCUGCCCGCAAUUCACGGCUAUCGACUCCCAGCUGACAGUGCGCGAGCACUUGUUGGUUUAUGGGCGUCUGAAGGGUUUACUCCGAGAAGAGCUGCAUCAUAACGUCGAUAGCCUGAUGCAUGCGACGUCCCUUCAUGUGUACGCCGAUCGGUUGGCGAGUAAGCUCUCUGGUGGCAACCAGCGGAAAUUGUCGUUGGCAAUCGCUCUUAUUGGCAAUCCCUCUGUAAUUCUCAUUGACGAGUUCUCCACCGGAAUCGACGCGAAGAUGAAGCGAGACAUGUGGGCGACGCUGAGGAAGGUGGCUGUGGGCAAGGCCCUCAUCAUCACUACUCAUUCAAUGGAGGAAGCUUCUGCAUUGGCUAACAAAGUUGGUAUACUGGCCAAGAAGAUGCUUGUUGUUGGAACAACGGACGCUCUUGCUGAGCGCUAUGCAACCUACGAAAUUCACUUCUCUUGUCGCACACGCGAAGAGAUUGUUCGUGCGCAGGAACUCAUGGCGAGAAUACCAGGUUCUCGAAUGGCCGACGAUGUCGCGACACGCUUCGAAGUACCUAUUGGAAGCGACAUGUCGCUUGCAAGACUGUUCGGUGUCCUCUCAUCGCAGGGUGACUUCUCGGAGUAUACUGUUGAGAGGGCUACUUUGGAAAGUGUCUUCCUAAAAGUUAUCAAGGAGAAUGAUGUGCUGGAGGAGGAUAGGGAGCCUAGAAAACGGUGGAGGAUUUGCUAG